AAUCAAUUUGAACGCAAAUUUGAUGAACUCACAGUUACAAAGCAAAAAGAAUUACCGCCUCCAUACGGUAAACGGGUAGGAUGGAAACCAAGAAGUUUGGAUGACUUUGGAGACGGUGGUGCAUUUCCUGAAAUUCAUAUAGCUCAAUAUCCAUUAGAGAUGGGCCGCAACAAAACGGGCACAAGUGGUGGAGCCCUUCCGUUACAAGUUGAUGCAGAGGGCAAUAUUAGAUAUGACGCUAUUGCAAGACAAGGUCAUGCUGAAUCGCGAAUUGUUCAUUCACAAUUCAAAGAUUUGGUUCCAGUUAAUCAAAGAUCUGACAUUGAACAAAUAACUUUGGAUAGGCCUAGUGAAGAGGAGGUAAAAGAAACAACCGAAAAGACGAGAGAAGCAUUGGAAAAGAUAGUACAAGGAAAAAUCAAGGCUGCACAGCCAAAAAAUGUCAAAAAUGAUAAACCAUCAGAACCAACGUAUAUACGGUAUACUCCUGGACAACAAGGCGAAGCUUAUAAUUCAGGUGCAACGCAAAGAAUUAUUAGAAUGGUAGAAAUGCCUGUUGAUCCGAUGGAACCUCCAAAAUUCAAGCACAAAAAAAUUCCGCGUGGCCCUCCAUCACCACCGGCACCUGUAUUACAUUCUCCUCCUCGUAAAGUAUCGGCUAAGGAACAACAAGAAUGGGUAAUUCCUCCAUGUAUAUCCAAUUGGAAGAAUGCAAAAGGAUACACUAUUCCACUUGAUAAACGUUUAGCCGCAGAUGGACGCGGUUUACAAGAAGUCACCAUAAAUGAUAAUUUUGCAAAAUUAUCUGAAGCUCUUUUCACCGCAGACAGGCAUGCCCGUGAAGAACCAGAGAAGAAAGGUGACUAUGUUGUUCGUCUAAUAGAUAAGGUUCAUAAAUAUCAUAUUAACUAUAAUAAUCUUGUUACAACUGUCAGAGCUGGUAUUUCUUCGACGACUUUGAACGCAUCAGAAUCCGAUUCUGAUGAGCAAAACAGAGAUAUUUCUGAAAAGAUUGCAUUGGGUCUUGCAAAACCCACACUCAGUAAAGAUAGUCUUUAUGACUCUCGAUUAUUCAAUCAGUCAGAAGGUCUAUCAUCAGGAUUUAAAGAUGAUGAAGUUUAUGAUCUGUAUGAUAAACCACUUUUUGCUAGCUCAAGUUCCACAAGUAUAUAUAAUCCUAAAAAGAAUUAUGAUACUGAUCAAUAUGGUGGUGGAGAUGAAGAAAGCAUUAACAGAAUGCUAAGUGUUGAUAGAUUUGGGAUUGCUUCAAAAGGUUUUCAAGGAGCUGAUAAAAGCCGGGUUCAUGGACCUGUGGAAUUUGAAAAAGAAGAAGCCGAUCCAUUUGGGUUUAAUCAGUUCUUGGAUGAUGCUAAAAAAGGAAGUAAAC